AUGGCCAAACGAGUCGACUAUAGUGUCUUGAGGGAGAUUUCAAAUUCUAGUGAAGCUUCAGGCUCUAGCGAUACAAACAGUAGCAUCAAUAUUAAAUCUAUAAGCGAUAGAGGGUCACACGCGUUUGCUAAGGAUAAUAUGAACUCGUUAUACUCCACCGCUUGGGAAACGAAAAGAGCGUCAACAUCUUCAUCGUUAUCGAGUGAGGCGGCUGCUGCAAAUAAGAAUUGUAAAACAUCUGCACCCAAUAGUCCCCAAAAGCCAAAUCCAAAUUUGCCUAUAGAGGACGAGGAUGAAAAUGAAAAUGAGGAUGAAAAUGAGGAUGAGGGUGAGGACGAGGAUGAGAAUGAUUUCGUUAGAGGCCGUCCUUCUGCUUGUGUUUUUGUUGCUAGUUUACGCUCUACGAUGACCGAUGAUGACCUUUGUAUCUCGGUUACUGAUCAUUUCCAAAAAUGGGGUCCUUUGGCAACCGUUAAAGUAUUAAGGGACACAAGCAAUCGUCCAUAUGCAUUUGUUCAGUAUCUAAAAGAAGAGGAUUCAAAAUUGGCUAUUGAAAUGGGGCACAACUCCUUAUUGAAUGGUAGAAACAUUAGAUGUGAGGCUGCAAAAGUUAAUCGAACUUUGUUCUUCACUGCAAAAUCUUUUGUUAGCGAGGAAUAUAUAAGAAAGAUUUUGGACCGAUUUGGCGAGAUUGAAGAGUUAGUUCCAAGCAACAGUCGAGGACAAAUCUUUUCAGACUUUUCUUCAACUAGCCGAGGUCAUAAAAAUUGGUAUUGUAAAUUUGUUUACCGCGAUGAUGCAAUUAAAGCAUUUGCCAGCUUGACCGAAGAAGGCGUAUACAAGAUCGACUGGGCACAAAAUAUCGACAAAUCGAACCAGGCAAGUGACAACUCAGAUGCAGAUUCCAAAGUCGAGAUAAAGGUAAAAUUUGACAAGUUUUCGGUUUUUGUUGGUCAAUUGAGUCCCGAUGUCAGCGAAGCAGAGUUGAGAAAAAGAUUUGAAAGACACGGGGAGAUAACUAACUUGAACUUGGUGAAGAAAGUCAACAACACUUUUGCUUUCAUUCUGUUUAAAAACGAGUCAAGUGCAGCUAGUUCUGUUGAGGCUGAAAAUCAUUCAAUGCUUUCUGGUAAAACAAUGCAUGUUCAGUAUCGCGAGGUUCAAGUGCGCACGAAAACCACCAAAAACUUUAGUGUUGCCUUAGCUCCUCCACCUAUUAACUUGGGGAAAAGGUCAUCCAUCAAAAUGAAUAACGAGGGAAGCAAGACGGAUUUCCGUCCCUUUGGGAACAACAAAUCUAAGCUAAGCAAUCACACUUCUUCUUCUUCUUCUUCAACAACAACAACAACAGCAGCAGCAGCAACAACAACUGGUUUCAGAGGUAAAACAGGUCGAUUCUUUAGGGGCAGGUCUGAAUCAGAGAAUGCAAUUGACUUGGAGGACAGAGCAACUAGUGUCAAAUCUGAUUAUACUUGGCUGGCUUCAAAAUUGGACUUGAAGGAUGAGACAACAAGGUCUCAAUUUGCAUCACCAUCGAAAUUAGAUCUGGAAAUAAGACCUAUGGUUCAACACAACCUUGCGUCAUCAUCAGAUGAGCCGAAUAAUGCCCAACAAAGAACAAGAAAGGAGAAAGAGCUUAUUGUUGGAUCACCAUUACCUGAUGAUAGAGUACCCAUGGUGAAUUCUAAUUAUGUUGCUCCUCCAAAUAGUGGGUUUCCAUUGUUUUACUAUGUUCCUGCUGAAAAUGUCAAUUUUGCUAGUUCUAAUGCAAAUAGCACACAAGCUCCCUUUUAUGGCGUGUAUCCACCAUAUUACCCACAUCAAUCUCAAUUUGAAAAUGUCAUUAAUGUCGGCGGUACCAAUGACUAUAAAUCAAUGAAUAGUGUGCCACCACCACCCCCACCACCAAAUUUCGGAGUUCCUAAUUUUAUCUACUAUGCAAAUGAAGCUGAAAUUGCUACACGUAACACCACCAUCAACACCCCCACCACUACGACUAACAACAACAAUAGCAACAACAACAACAACAACAACAGUAAUAAGAAAGCGUGA